AUGGUCCUGAGCGCAGCAAAAUAUACAUAUCCCAGUGAAACAUCCCGUCACGCCGCAACCAUCCUCGGAUUCCCAUCAACACACUCCAUCGCCUCGGAAUAUUACGAAACCGCAUGCUUCGAAAUCGCCAGCCUGGCAUGUGCCAUAUCUGAGUUCGAGCCAGUCAGAUUAUAUACGCGCACCGAGGAUAUCUCUAAAGCUCAAUCGAAAAUCAAAGAAGCCGACACCAAGUACACAAGCAACGCGGCAAACAUAUCAAUUGUUCCAUUUCCCACCAACCACCUCUGGACCCGAGACACAGGUCCCGUAUACGUGUAUAGCGGUGAAGGAGCCCACAAAGCCCGUUACGCUAUAAACUUCCGCUUCAGCGAAUGGGGAAGAAAAGACAACAUUGGUGACGAUGAUCGGGCCACGGAUGGUCUUGAAUGGCCUGUUAUGAACCAAGAGCAGCUUCAAGAGAAUGCAAGUUUCGCGAGCAGAGUCAUUGAGUCAGAUACCUCCCCGUCACCAGUGAAUCUGGUCGAGUCGAAGAUCUGUCUUGAGGGCGGUGCACUCGUUGUGGAUGGCGAGGGUACCCUUCUCGCAACGGAAAGCAGCAUCUUGAAUGAAAACCGCAACCCAGGCCUCUCUCGCGCCGAAGUAGAGGAUGAGCUGCGCCGUUUGUUAGGCGUUCAGAAGAUCAUCUGGUUUCCAGGACGGAGGGGUCUGGAUGUCACAGACGUGCACGCCGACGCUGAAGUCAUCUUCAUGAGACCUGGAGUCAUUGCACUUUCGAGACCACAUUCAAGCGCGCCGAAGCCUUGGCAGGAAGUCUAUGAGGAGAUUCGGGACAUUUUGAAUGAAAAUGUUGAUGCGAGAGGUCGGCGAUUUGAGGUUCAUAUAGUUGAUGAGCCGGACCCGAAGGUUUUCGGGGAGUUGGCCUAUGAUGAGCCGGCGACUAAUUAUGUCAAUUGCUAUUUUGUUAAUGGAGGGCUUAUUCUUCCGCAGUUUGGCGAUGAGCGGCGGGAUCGCGAGGCACUGGAUACGUUCCGGGGGUUGUGUCCUGAUCGUGUAGUGAGACCCGUUCUUGUCCGUGGGCUGCCGUUGGCGGGAGGUGUAAUUCAUUGUUCUACGCAGCCUGUUCUUGCUCUUGAUGAGCAUUAG